CAUGCACUUCAUUUUAUAUGCAUUUUUAUACUCCAAAUGUACUUAACAUUAUUCUUCAUUCAUUAAUAACAAAUUUCAUCUUUCAUCAGAAUUCAUUUUCAUAAAAGUAAUUAUGUAAGUAAUAUAGUUAACAUGUUUAUCUAAAGAAAUUUAAUUUAAUAUUGGCGUUAAUUUUAUUCUUUCAUAAUGAUCAUAUUUAAAAUAUUUGAAAAUGGCGGGUUUGUCAAAUCAAAUAUUCAAUGGCGCUGAUGACAUAGAAUAUAUUUUAUGCAUUUAUUGUGUAUAAACUUGGUCAAUUUUGCUUGAAGUGUGUUAUGAGUAUUAUAAAACAAAGUUCAAGAUUACGUUGCAAUAUCAUAAUUAUGAAUAUAAAAAAUUAUGUCAUUAGUUUUUAGAUAUUAGAGCUUAGAAUUUUGCACAUUAAUUUGUUGGGUUAAGUUUCAUAUGUGUGUGUAAUAAUAUUAAUAAUUUAUAUUUUAAUUGUUUAUAUGUGCUUAUAAAUAAAAACGUUACAGUGCGGAACUUGUAAAUCUCUUUUAAAUAAAAAAUUAUAAUCUUUAAGUAUAAUUUUACGCUAUCGUUAUGGAUAUAAUAAUAAAACUAAAUGAACAAACAAUAGGCAGAGACAGAAUUAUUAGAUUAUUACAAUAUGGAAGCAGAGCUUAUUGGUAUUAUGCUCAGAAAAGUCACAGUACACAAAAUUCUGCAGAAAUUUUAAGAAGUUUAGAAUAUACAUUUAGUUCUUUCAGAAAAUUGUUACGCCUUGGGAGAUGUUUGGACAGUUUAUAUUCUGCUUUAAAAAUGAUGAAAUAUCCAGAGGUAACCAUAAGAGUCACUUUGACUUUAUCAAAAAUUGCCAAUGCUCUGUUUUUAUUAGCAGAUCAUAUAAUUUGGAUUGGUCGUGUAGGAUUACUUAGAGUUAAUAUAAAAAAAUGGAGUAAAAUAGCUAAUAAAUAUUGGUUAAUGAAUAUUAUUAUGAAUCUUACAAGAGAUAUUUAUGAAAUCAUAAAAAUUUUUGAAAAUGAAGGAAAAGAUGUAUUAAUAAGAACACCAAAAUUUUCAUCUAAUUUAUGGAGACAAUAUGAAUUAUUAUAUCAUUUAAAGAAUCAUAAAAAUAUUGUAAUAGAUACAAUUAAAAAUGGCUGUGAUAUGUUUAUUCCAUUGACAGCACUAGGUUUUACUAAAUUAACUCCUGGAACAAUUGGUAUACUUGGUAUGAUAUCUUCAAUUGUCAGUAUUUAUACAUUAAUUUAUCCAUUGUAUAAGUUGACACCAGCUUAAAAAUAAUUUACACAUAUAUUUUUUAUGUACAUGAUGCUUAUAUAAUUACAAAAUAUUUUAUAUUAUUAAAUUAAAAAAAUAAUAUAUCAUUAAAAUUGAAUUAGUAUUUUUAUAUGGACUUUUAUAUUUUUUUAUGCAUUUUGGUAUUUAUAUGAUUAUGUAUUUUAAACAAUUAUACAAUACUGUGAUAUUUAAAUAAUAAUAUUGUUAUCUAUUUUCUAUAAAAUUUUUAAAUAAUGAAAUGAAAUAAUUUUUUAAAAAUAUAAAUAUAGUAUAAUAUAUAAUAUUAAAAAUUCAAUUUUAUCUUAUAAGAAGGAAGUAGAAUAAUUUAGAGGAUAUAUUUAUGUAUAUAUUUAACUUCAUAUCAUAAUUAGGAAAAUAUAUUUAUUUAUUAAUAAAA